AUGACGUCACCUUGGCUGCUGCUCGCGCUCCCUGCCGUCGCUCUCUGCUACAACGUUCCGCAUCUCACAGGUUCGCUUCAUUGAUUGUAUGGAAAGAAAUAGAAGGAUUCACAGGCACGCCAGUGACGUCGCAUUCGGGGCCGAGCGAAACCGAAGGAGACGUGAGCCACACCAGAGAGAAGCGCGGCUUCUUCUAUCCAGACUUCCGACACUACGACAACAGUCUCCUGGUCCGCUCUGAGCAUCCCAACGAGUACCUCAAGAAGUGGAUCACCUACGAGCACAAUAGAUACCGUCGCAUCGUCAGUUUCUUCCUGAGAACUCCUCAAAAAGAGAAGAGCUGUAGGUGCCGGCGUCAGACAUGAACAUGUUGUACUGGUCGGAGGAGCUGGCGGCGUCUGCCCAACGGCAUGCCGACACUUGCGACUUCAGACACUCCCGCGGUCGCGUCAACGUCGGCGAGAACAUCUGGGCUGCGCCUUACAGCAACUACUCCGACGCCAUUUCCAUCUGGUUCAACGAGGCCAGUUUCAUCGGAAGCUUAACUUGAAAAAAUGUUCUCAUAAAAAUACAGACUUUUCAAAAAUACAAGCGUCCAAAUCAAACUUUAAAUGAGUUUAUUUUCACUCUGUUUCACUCUUCAGCCGUCGAAUCCUACAGAAAUUUUAAUUUUUGUAGUUGAAUGCAGAAGAUUUUCUUAACCAGUCUUUUUUUUUCCAUUACUUACCAAUAUUUGGCAUCUAAAAGCCUCUAAAAAGUUUUCCUACUAUAAUUUUUGAUUUUUUUGCGAAAAAUUCUUUUGGUUAAUUAUUUCGGUUUUAACUAUCGUUUUCUGGAGAACUUUAUAUGUUCAAACGGCCUCCUAUCUCUGAGUAAACCGUUCCUUUUUCUUUGGCUAGGCAAAAACUUUACAGUCAGACGAAAUUAUCUUGACGGACAUCGCAUAAUCGAAGGUUUUUGUUGGUAAAUUUGGAUAUCGCUAACUUGAAUCUUUCACAAAUCAGGCCGAAUAGCAAGAAUUUUCAGUUUAGGGCCCAAACUCCGUUCAAAAGAGUGGAAAAGUUAAGAAAGAAGUUUCAGUCCAAUUUUGAUUGUUCAGGUGCACAACCCACGGUGCGGCUGCAAUCACGCCUACAAGCACUGCUGCGGUCAUUAUGUUCAGGUAAAUUGUCUUCAACCUCAGACUGAGUUUUUAGCGAGUAAAAGAAACUGCUGAUAGUACGGUCCUCUAAUAGAUCAGCCAAAUAAAAUGCGUCAGCCACGCACUCAGGCGAUCCAUAAGUGCACUUGCCCUAAUGAUCUCCAAUCAUUUUUUGAGAAAAUAAUGUCCUUUCAAACCACCGAACGCCUUUUCCCUUCAAACUUCUUGUUUGCCUUUCUUUGUUCGCGGCAAUUUGACCAUCAGAUCUCGUUCAGAGCGUCUAAAGCAUUUUGCAACAUUUGCCGUGGCAGCAACCAUUCCGAUUGUUACAAAAGAAAUUGAAUCAACGUUUCAUGUCAGAAGAAAACUUAUUUGACUAUCCAAGAGUCAAGCGAUAUUAAAUCCUCUUUGCAAUCAGUUAUCCUUAUCAGAAUAUUGAAGAAAAAACUGAGUUUCUGUUCACCUAUCCUUCAUGGAGCGCAGAGAUACUUGCAUUAGCAAUGACCUUUGUUUCAAUGAACGAGUGGAAAAAAAGACUCCGCUCGGUUUUUAUCACCUGUAAAGCCAUUAAUCGAGUCAGUGCAAAGGUUCCUAAGCUCCUAACGUGUUUUACGCUUCAGACAACCGAAACGACUUUUUACUCGGACGCGAAUUACCGCAAUUCAGAAUUAUCGGUCGCGUGGGUGGUUCCAACCUGACCUUUGGACAAAUUAUUUCAAGGCUUCCCUCAUUUCAAAACAAGAACAAGGCCUUUUCAGAUAAGACAAGUCUGUCCUUUUGUUGUAUUUACUUCUCAAAAGCCAACUUCAGCGGAAAGAACGACGGAAAUGCAUGUUUUGCAAUCAUUUUUCUCUCAAUGAAAACAGAAAACAAGGCUAGGCAGGUCUUUCUCUCUCUCGAAUUUUCGAGUGAUUCGAUAAACCGUCCAUCUCUGUGUCCACAGCGGCCGCGAUCCCUCCCAACAGACCGCCACCGGAAGCGGUCAAUCAAUUCCCGCGCCUUUGCCUUUUUGGGGAUGGUCCACCUCAAAAUCUCUUCUCUCAACUUAUUUUUGAAGAAUGAAUCUCUUUGGCUGAAAAACCUCGAUCCCAUAAUUUUUGAGGUUUUUGAGGGACCAUUAAUGAGUUUUAGAGUACUAUCAUAAUGCCGAGACCGCUAUCAUAAGUUUGAAAGUAAAACCGUUUUCUAUUAACUGACGCAUGAGAAACCUUUACGAGGAGGCUCCCACGAAAAGCUUCGAAAAUUUUAAUCGAAAUUUUCUGAAAAUCCUGCGGAACUCGAUUACGAAAUGCGAAGAGAUUCAACCUUCCAAUCUUUAUCGCACAAAUAAAUUUUCAAAAAGAAGACACGCCUGUUGGCCAAAGACCUAGAGGUGGAUGAAGGUUAGAAAUCGCCUUUGAGAACAAAAAAACCCGCUAGCGAGUUUUCUAUGCGGUUACCGAAAGAAAUAAAUUUUGAGAUCACUCAAUUUCGAAGAUGGACUAUUCGAGUCAAAAUUUAAAAUAGAAAUUGAAUCAGAAAAUACAAAGAUCUAUGCCUUGGAAAGUACUUCAGCAUCUCACUUGAAGCCUCAUAGACACUUUUAGCGGCAAUUUGAAAGUCAAGCUCUAUUUUCAGCUUGUUUGGGCAAGAACGAACCUGGUAGGAUGCGGAUUUUCGCGUUGUCGCGACGUUCAAGGCGUCUGGGGCCGUGGCCAUCGGAACGUCUUCGUCUGCCACUACAACCCGCAGGGAAACACGGUAUUCGUCACCGCCAGGGGACAGCUUUACGCGGUUCGUCCGUCUCGCUUUUCAACCUUUCCUUUCUUCUUUCACUAACUGAACACGAACUUCCUCAGGGCUGCGGAAAGGUCAAAAUGUUUUUCGAAAGAGUAAAAUCGAGCAAAAAAAGUUUAGAAGACCAAGUCCCAGACCCAACGCUCAACUGUCGUUUGCUUUGUCUUUGGUGCAACUUUCUCUAUUGCUAAGUGCAGUGUGUAUGGUCAAUGUCCAAAAAAAAGAUAACCGUCUUUCAGUUUUCAUUCAAUCUUGGAACUUGUACGUUUUGCCGUGUAUGCAUUUUGAGACCUCACAUCUAACUAUCGCAUUUUGAAAGAAAAAGCAAACUUUCAUUGAGUAGAAAAAAGGCAUCGCUCUAACCUAAGCCGGCCACAGAAACAUGAAAGCCGAAAAAUCUUCGAGUUGUUUUUUGUAGGCUGUAGUUUUGAAGGUCGCUUUACUUGAAUUAAAGCUAACAGUUGCUCGACGAUCCUUGGUCCCAUGGGUCGGAGCAAAUCAUUAAAAACUGGCGAGGAAAGAAUCUUCAAUUUGCAGAUGCCUGCUUUCACUUGGACUACUGAAGAAUCUGGUCGUUGUUCGCACUGCCCAGAAUCAGCUCCUGCUUGCUAUCAGGUAGUUUCCUAUUAUAAACUAUAGAAACCAUUUUCCAUUCCAGGGUCUCUGCUACAUGCCAAAGUACAACUCCGAGUCAACUGAAGAAACAGCUGAAACUAGCACUACUACUACAACUACCACCACAACAACGACUCCUCCAGCGCCAUCAGAAGACGAUAUCGACUACGACUCGACGACGUCGCAUUCGCCACCUUCGUCCAACAACCACGUCGACGACUAUCCAACCAGUCCGUCCGUCCUUCCAGUCAACCCCAACGACGCUUUCUGA